AUGAUGGAAAGAAAAAAUAACAAGAUAGAAGAAGCAAUUAAAAAGAUUUUUCAAGCUUCAAGCUUAGAAGAAAUAAAUAAGCUUAGUACGGAUAUUUUUGGAGAAAAAGUUACUUUAGUUUUGAAAUAUUUUUGUCCUAUUUAUGGUGGAAUGAUAUUUUCAAUAUUUUGCAGAAGAAUGAUUAAAACAACUCUUAUUAUUACUGGUACUGGUUCUAUUGUGUACAUUUUAAUGAGGCAUAAAUAUGGCAAACAAAAGGUAGAUGAGGAACUUAUUAAUCCACUUAAAGAAGGUCUUUUAAAUUCAAAUAUUAAGAAAUCUAUUUUUGAUUAUAAAAACGAUCAUUUUGAUUACCAAAAACUAAAAAAGAAAAUGAAGAAGUUUUUCGAAACAAACAAGAAUAGUAUUUCACUUUUUGGAUUUGGUAUGAUGUUAGGUUUUAUGCUUUAA